GGACUUCGAGUAGUGAGUGAGUUUGCGGACAGACGCAAGUGUUGUUGAUAUUGUGGUGGUGUUUUGGGGGCACGGCUUUGCCGGCCGCAUCAACAUUACAAUGGCCCCUGCAACAGCGGCAGCUAGGGCGCUUGCAUAUCAUGAUGAUGGUAUGUACGUGUUUGACAAGAAAUUUUUGAUGUGCAAAUUUUGCGACAAGAGAGUUGACCAUGAGCGCAAGAGCACCAUUGACAAUCACAUCAAGGCGGAUUUGCACAAAAACAACAGGAAAAAAGUUGAGGCUGAGGCGGCUGCGAAGAAAAAAAGGCAGGCAUCUAUUUCGGAAAGUAUGAGUAACGCCAAGAAGGUAAAGGAAGAUAGAGAAGAGUUCAUUAAGUCGACAGUGCGAGCGUUUGUUAACGCUAACAUACCACUAGAAAAGCUUGACAAGCCUGAAAUGAGGAAGUGGUUCAAGAAAUACGUUCCUGGUUCCGGUGAUUUGCCGAGUGCUCAGCAGCUUCGAGACAAAUAUGUUCCCCUUUUGAAAGAAGAAUACGACGAUUAUCUCAAAGAUAAAGUGAAGGGAAAGAAAAUUGUUGUGCUGUGUGACGAAACAACGAAUAGGAGAGGCCAGGCGGUUUUCCUAACCCUCUUCAAGGUGCUACCCUCUAAAGAGAAUCCUACAUCCCAACUGUUUGUGGCUUCAGUGAAAAUUCUUGAGAAUGCCAAUGCAGACGAAUGUUCAAAGGCAAUACUGCAGACUGUUCAACACUAUGAAGUUGCCCAUCUGAACAUAGUGGCCAUCGGUUCGGACAGUGCUGCCUACAUGGUAUUCGUCUUCUCAGGACACUCCUUGAUAAUCCUGGUUUGAUACACCUGCAGUGUUGGGCCCACAAGUUGG